AUGUCGAGGUCGUGGUGGACAUCACCGAAUCCGGCAAUUAAGGCUUAUAGCAGCAAGGUUGUCUUGGCUAUAAGGCCGUUCGGUUGUAAGGUGGACCCAACCAUGGUGGUGUGCAGCGGCUGCGAGGUGGAUCCGGACACAGGGCUAUGCGACUGUGAGGUAGAUCCAGCCACGAUGGCGUGCAGAGGCACACUGGUUCUAGUCCUAAAGCCUUGUAGCUGUGGUGCGAUUCUAGCCAUGGAGAGGAGAAGAGUUUGGAUUUUUCAUGGCGCUCUUACUCCUCAAACGCUUGCUUCCAACCAUUGUUGUUUGGAAGGCUUUGGUUGA